AUGGCGCCAAUGAUGGAUUGGAGAUUGAAGGAGCAGGAGAUGAAGCAUAAGAAGACAUUGUCUAUGCAAAUUGAAGUGCUUGGUGUUUCUCUUCCGUGGGCAAGAAUGUCUACUGAUUGUGGCAUCAGUGACCAAUAUAUCAAACUUUCCCAACAAAACUCUGUGCACAAUAAUGAUUUCCAAAAUGACCUUGACUUAAAUGCAUCAACAAAUCCCUUUUUGGAAAACUCAAACUAUCAUUCUCUAUCAUCUAGUGGAGACAUUCUUCCAACUCAACAAAGUACAACUGACAAUUUGAUAGAUCUUUUAACUGGAGAGCUUAUAUUAUCUCCAGAGCCAGAGAAUUCUAAUGUGCUUGAGAGUAAGUUCAACAAUGUUGACAAUCUCCACAUUUUUGGAAACGAUGAUUCUGGUAAUCUUCAUCGAACUUCUUCUGUUAGUGGGUUUACAGAUGAAGCUGUCAAAGAGUUCGGCCAAGUUACACCCUACCAAGCUCAUUCCAUACCCCUUCUUAGAUCUGGCAAGGGUAGAAAAUUUGACUUCAUACAGGCAUUGAAGCUUGAAAUAGAACGUUUACAUUUGAACCUUUCAGCUGCAGAGAGAGACAGAGCUUUAUUAUCUGUUGGUAUUGAUCCUUCUGCAAUUGAUCCAAAUCGCUUGCUUGAUUAUCAGGACCUUUUAAGAAUAUGUAGUUACGCCGAUGAAAUAGCUUUUCUGGGCCAAAUUGCUUUGGAAGAUAAAACUAUUGCUUCCAUUGGGCUUGAAAAAACUGAUGAUGUUAUAGAUUUCUGGAAUAUUAGUAAGAUUGGAGAAUCAUGUCAUGGAGCUGCCUGUGAGGUACGUGUUGAACUGCCAACAGCAGGAUCUUUUACCAGUGUUUCUUCUAGCAGAACUGCAUCUUUCCUUCUUCAGUGUUCUAUAUGUCAAAGGAAAUGUUGUAAAGUUUGUUGUGCUGGGAAGGGAGUAAAUAUGCUGUUAGAUAAAGAUUUCAAAGAACUGAAAAUCUACAAUGAUUUAUCUAGUCGUAGUGGGUCUAAUCAUGGUGGACAAACCCAUGAAAGUUACAAAAGCAAUUCAUCAUUUGAUGAUAAAAUUAUAUGUAGAAAAUGUUGUGAUGAAGAUAUUCUUCAAGCACUAUAUGUUGACUAUAUCAGGGUCUUGAAUGCCUUGAGGAGAAAAACUAGAACUCUUGAUGCUGCACGUUGGGCCCUGGGUCAGUUUGUUGGACCAGUAGUUAACGGACAAUUUAAUUCAUGGCAAAGCAUAGAAACUGGCAAGAGGCAGUUAAAGGCACUGUUGAAUGGAGCAGAGUCCCUUGCCGAAUUCCCUUACUCAAGCCUGCUGUAUCAGGUGGAAACUGAUAAGGACUCUGCACCAUUAUUAUCAUUACUUGCACCAGUUGGCAUGGGGGAACAUCAUAGUUAUUGGAAAGCUCCGGCUAGCUUGUCCACUGUCGAAUUUUCAGUUGUUCUUGGGAGUCUAUCUGAUGUUGCAGGGGUUGCCUUGAUGAUUAGCUCAUGUGGUUACUCAACAUUUGAUUGCCCUAUAGUAAGAAUUUGAUUGCUCUACUUUUGUAUGCAAGA